CCAUCAGAGACAUACGAGAUCCUCAGGCAGCUGCACACACUUUCCUCCACUCUCCCUGCAGAUCAUCACACUCUGCAUUAUUAGUCAGGACACCGCUGCCCGGCAGCUCGCGUUGAACGUUGUAUCUCGUGUAAUGGAGGGAUGGAGUGCUACUACAUUGUCAUCAGCUCCUCGCACCUGAGCAACGGACACUUCCGUAACGUCAAAGGAGUUUUCCGAGGACCCCUCACGAGCAACACAACUCUGGACUUGUCUGAAAAGGAAAAUUCAAGAGGAAAUGCAUUGGAAUCCCUGAAGGCAAAUUUCUACUGUGAGCUGUGUGAUAAGCAAUAUUAUAAGCAUCAGGAAUUCGAUAACCAUAUCAAUUCCUAUGAUCAUGCACACAAACAGAGGCUUAAAGAGCUGAAACAGAGGGAAUUCUCUCGAAAUGUAGCAUCAAAACUAAGAAGGAAUGAAAGAAAACAAAAAAAGUAUCUUCAAAGGCUCCAUAAUCUGGCUGAACAUAAGAAAGAAUCCACAUGUGCUCCAGGAAGUGGUCCAAUGUUCAAAUCAACAACAGUGACUGUUCACGAUCAUAUUCAUGGAAGUCUUCAAAGCACUAUUGUCCACACUGCAGAAAGAGAAAAGCCCCAGUUUGCAUCUAUUGCAAAUAUUCAUAACAGCACAAACAUGGCAUCUAUACUUUUACCAAGUUCAGAGAGUCCACAAAGUGAUAACCUGAUUCAAAAAGAUAGCGAACAUAAAAUAAGCUUUUCUUUCUCAUUUCCAAAAAAGACCCCAGUUAAGCUUGAAGCCUCAGCUGCAGUAUUCUAUGAAUACAAUGAAGACAUCUCAAGUUGUCAUAGGUUGAAGAAAAGAAGUAGAUUCUUACCGGGGUCAUUCAGUGUUCAAUCAUCCUUACCAAUAGAUACACUGUCAUGUCUAAAUGAUGAGGGUGGAGAAUCUGUCUCGAGUCCUGGAGAACCAUUGCCAGGAAAAGGAGAUUCUGCCCAAGAUACGGAUCCGAAACUGUUGCCUGAAAAAGAGUUAACUAGUUUUCUAAACUCAAAUGUUUGUCAUUUCAAAGUGCCUUUAGAAUUUGAGGUCCAAGCACAACAUGUGAACUCAGACUCUCUCAUUCACUCGAAACAAAAUGACCACAAAACUGACCAUGAUAAACUGGCUAUAAAAUGCCUAAAUUUGGAAAUGCCUUGUCUGAAAACAACAGAUGAUGACAGUAAAAAUGACGAACCAUUACUGGGUAAUGGAGAAUUAAAAACUAGCAAUAAUAUUAGUAUCACGGAAAGUGUAUCAAAUUUAUCAGUCAAUGAAGAUAGAAAAAUUAUGCAAAAAAAUGAGGAGCUCAAAAGGAGGUUAAGCAAUGCCUUUCAUCCAGUGCAAAGUAAAGAUGGGUCAAAAGUUCUCCAAUGGCCUUCUGAAAUGAUAAAAUAUACCUGCACACAACCAUCAAUCUCCUAUAGUUGUAACCCACUACAUUUUGAUUUUCGGUCAUCAAAAGCAAUAAAUCAAAAAGAUCAACCAUUUUCCCAGGGCAGCACCUUCUCUGAAAAUGAUCCAAAUACAAUGCUAAAAUUAAAUUGUGAAACAGUUAUCUCCAAAGACAAUAAUGAUACAAUAAUGUCAAAAAUGUCAAACCACAUGUCAAAGGCUUCGGGUAAACUGAAAUGCUAUAGCUUAAUCUGCAGCAUUAAAGAAGAUCAAAAGCACAAUAUCUCAAAAUAUCUUUUGAACAAUGAUUUUGAUUAUGGAAAGAGGAAGAGCAAUAAGAAAUUUCAUUAUACAAGUCGAAAAGGAAGAAAACGAAAAUGUACAUUCAACGAACCCAGAAUUAGAUAUAAGCAAAAAUGUCACAUAAAUGAAGAAGAAACUGAAAGUGGUUUAAAAAAUUUAGGACGACAACAAGUCGGAUCAAAAGAUGUAUUUUGCUCAUUAAAAAAUUUAACAUUUUCUCAUCAUCUGCCACAUGCUGCGAGUGACCACACUGAAAGAGAAUUGUUAAAAAGACCGACGUUAAAGAUCAAACAAAAAUGUGAGGUUUGGAACAUAGAUCAGAAAAGAGGUUUCACCAAGCAAAUAGAAAAUGAACUGAGCAAGAACACAAGGUCUUUCAACUACCAAUCAAAAGUCUUGCAACUAAAUCAUUGUUCUCAAAAUAUAGCUUAUUCUAACACAUAUUGUAGCUGGAGUUCUAACAAAAUAACCUCUAAUCAUCAAAAUCAGGAAACCUUUCUAAACCAUAGUUAUACGUUCAAAAGAACACGUAGCACUGUCAUAGAUGAAAUAGAAUUGUCUUUUAAAAGGCCCAGGUUCUGCAGAUCUUUCUCAGCUUCCCAACAGGUCUUUAUUCCAGAGAAAAACUUUUCUAUUUUGUGUAAACCUUUACACCUAAAAAGCGCAGAACUUAACAAGAAAACAAAUAGCACCAACAGAAACAAAUACUGCAAACUAAUAAAAAAUAAGGCCACUUUUCACAAAGCUGACAUAUUCCUUAAUGAAAACUACUACAGAUUAGCAAAAGAAUCCCUUAGAGCGAAGGAGUUUCUCAAGAAAAUAGUGAAAAUAAAAAAAGUGGUGGAAAAUAAGCUGGACCAGUUAUGUAAAAAUUUGCUAGCCUUCAAAUAUAAUAAUAAGCCUCUGAUUUCCUCUUCCAUUAAAGACCUUAGUACGGAAGCUGAGGAAAUGAUCUUACCAUCAAUAAAAGAUAGUAAACAAGAUAAAGAUCCUCUUCUCUUUAGUAGUGACGUACCACAGUGCCAAGGACAGUCAACGCGUUGGUCCAUAGCUUGUAAUGAAGUGAGAAACAAUGAUGGUCAAGAUAAAUCAGGGAAGAGAGAAAGUCAAGGAACACCACUGGAUGAAGCACAUGUGACUUCCAGAAAAUAUAUUACAGAGAAGCUCUUCUCACAUGCCACUAUUCCUUACCAACAAACUCAUUCUCCAGGGACAUACUCUAAGAGACUUAAGUAUCAUCAAUAUGCCAUGUAUGGCCCAACACUACAGCCCCCUCCCUUUCCCACAAGAUUUAAACUGAUAUUUCCAGCCACAGCUAUUCAGACUUGUGCCACCAUAUAUCCAGUUCCUUUAGAGUCACCAUUAUGUUCUUCUUCUGUACCUGCCUUACCUCACCAUCUAACCCCUCCCUUUCAAGCUGGCUCUUUUGACAGUAUCAAACUCAUAGGUCCUCAUCAGCAAUUUCUAUGUCCACAAAGCCAAGGUAUCUCUAGGACUCCGUUCUACCAAAUGACAAUGGAGCCCAGCUUAUGUACUGGAGAUGCGUUUGGUUCUUCACCACAAGUACCCAUUAUUGCAAAUACUGUACUUUGUCACAUUCCUGUGCCUCUUCCACAGCCUUCACAUACAACAGUUUUUACACCAGUACACUCACAAUUGCCAACUCUUAUUCCUCUGCAUUCUCUUUUUUAAGUGUUAUGUCUUUAGGCCAAAACAUAAGCAUCAUGGGUAGAAGGUUUUCAAGUCCAAGGACAAAUGGAGAUCAAGCUUUUUUGUCAGACUUAAAAUGAACAAGUUGAAUUUCCCUUUUAAGUGCACUUUAAACUAAUAGGUGCUAAGGGAUUCCAUCAUAACCAGAGUUUAAAGGACUGUAUACAAAACUUUGAGAAAAUGUCCUAGAACAUGAUCGUUUAACCUAUUAUAUGCAUCUAAAAGAAUCUCUUAUUUAAACUAUGUGUGCCUCAAUGGCACAAUAUUAAAGGAUUUUUUAAACUCUAAUACCAGAAGAUAUAAAGCAAGUUACAAAGGAAAUUUAAGCAUGAAGAGCUCUAGUCCAACGCUCCUUUACAUAGGCAGCUGACAGACCAAUACAAGCAACAGUAGGGUCAAUUGGUUCCUGUUAAAGGAGCCAUUACAUGUCCCAAGUGUGGCGAAGGUGUCUCAAACAAUCUCUGUAUUGUUUUCAAAUCAACUGGUGCCAGAAAGUUAAACAGAUUAUUACAUUACUUCUAUUUCAAAAUCUGAAGCCUUCCAGUACUUAUCAGCUGCUGUAUGCUACAGAGAAAUUUGUAAAGUUAUUUCCAGUCUGACCACAGUGCUCUCUGCUGACACCUCUGUCCUUGUCAGGAACUGUCCAGAUUAGAGGGAAAUCCCUAUAGAAAACCUGUCUUGCUCUGGACAGUUCCAGACAUGGACAGAGGUGUCAGCAGAGAGCAUUGUUGUCAGACUGGAAAGAACUUGACAAAUUUCUCUGAAGUAUAUCUGUAGUAUACAGCAGGUGAUAAGUACUAGAGGGGUUAAGAUUUUUUAAUAGAAGUCAUUUACAAAUCUGUUUAAUUUUAUGGCACCAGUUCAUUUUAACAAAACAAUUCCACCAGAUUUCCCCUUUAAGUGGAUCUGGAGGUCAAAACUAUCCUGCCUGUACAGGGAAUAAAUUCUGUUUUAUUUAUCUUUAAUGUCUCUUCCCAGCCUCUUCUUCCAACCAUUUCCAUUUGCCUCCUGCAUUUUGUGUUUCUCUUCCAUUGCUCCCUUUACCUUGUGUCUUCACCUUGCCCCUCCUUGUCUCUCUCCAUUUGGUGCCAUUUUCUGCCACACCUAUCCAGACAAAAUCUCUGCCACCUUCUGUCCCAUGUGCAACUUGCCCCACAGAGCCUCUGAUCUUUUGGUCCUCCCUGUCCCAAACUACUUUGUAUUAAGAAGCAUCUGUCUCACUAAUAGUGCUGUCCAAAUUGCUUGACUGCAAUGUUUAACCCCUUAAGACGUACUGGAACGUCACGUGUCCGCUCCCGAUCUAUAAUGCGGGGCCACGGCGUGUCCCCGCGUCAUAGCGGGUCGGGCCUGGCCUCUAACAACGGCCGGGACCCGUGGCUAAUAGCGCGCGGCAUUGAUCGCGGUGCCGCGCACUAUUAACCCUUUAGACGCGGCGUUCAACUUUGAAUGCCGCGUCUAAAGUGAAAGUGAAAGUAUGCCGGUUAGCUCAGUGGGCUGUUCGGGAUAGCCACGGUGAAAUUACGGCAUCCCGAACAGCUUACAGGACAGUAGGAGGGUCCCUACCUGCCUCCUCGCUGUCCUAUCACUGAAUGAAUGCUCAGUGCCUGAGCAGUCAAGCGGCAGAAUCAUCAAUCACUGGUUUCUUAUGAGAAACCAGUGAUCAAUGUAAAAGAUCAGUGUGUGCAGUGUUAUAGGUUCCUAUGGGAGCUAUACCACUGCAAAAAAAAAGUGAAAAAAAUGUGAAUAAAGAUAAUUUAACCCCUUCCCUAUUAAAAGUUUGAAUUAAAAAAAAGGCGCAAAAAAUGAGCCCUCAUACCUCCCCAUACGCGGAAAAAUUAAAAAGUUAUAGGGGUCAGGAAUGACAAUUUUAAACGUAUUAAUUUUCCUGCAUGAAGUUAUGAUUUUUUCCAGAAGUCCAACAAAAUCAAACCUAUAUAAGUAGGGUAUCAUUUUAACCGUAUGGACCUACAGAAUAAAUAGUAGGUGUCAUUUUUACCGAAAAAUGUACUACGUAGAAACGGAAGCCCCCAAAACAAAACAACUUUUUUUUCAAUUUUGUCUCACAAUGAUUUUUCUGUUUCACCGUAGAUUUUGGGGCAAAAUGGCUGAUGUCAUUACAAAGUAGAAUUGGUGGCGCAAAAAAUAAGCCAUCACAUUGAUUAUUAGGUGCAAAAUUGAAAGAGUUAUGAUUUUUUUAAAGGCAAGGAGCAAAAAACGAAAAUGCAAAAACGGAAAAACCCCCGAUCCUUAAGGGGUUAAAGAAUAAAACAUCCAGGACCUGAGAUGACUCCAAUACCAGAUGUUGCAGCAGGACAUCCACUGGAAUGGGAACAGGAGGACAUCUGAUGGAAUGGGAACAGCUCCAGUGCUCAUACCCUCCAACAGACAUACUAUUACACACAAUUGCAGAUAGGACACUGCAAUUGGGAUGUUCUAGUAUGUAGAUUUAAGAGAAUGGUUAAAGGAGCUCAGCUAAGCUGUCAUUGGUGUACAUAGAUGAUAAGGGGUCCAAUUGCAAAGAUUAAAAUGGACUACCUAUUACAGAAUCUGACUUUGCCUCUUUGGAACAGAAAGACCAAGUCUUUUUUCCUUGCUUUCCAUGACCCUUAGAUUAAUACACUUAUCCUUGUAUUUUUUGGCAAUGCAGUUCCCUGAGGAAAAUAUUUUUGCACAGUUUCCAGUAACAAAAGAAAUGGGGCCAGCCAGGCUUGAACCCCUUUCACCAGGGUUCUUAUAGCAGCCAUUUGGUCUCUAUAAUAUGUAUACCCUUGUAAGCUGUUAACUUUUGUGUCUGACAAAUAGGUUUGACAACUGUUUCCUUAAAGUAGCAGUUAGUUCUUGUUAUAGCACCUUUAUUUAACAAAAUUGCAUGUGAUGCAUUUGGCAUAAUGUUCUUAUUUUUUUAUUUUGACUUUUAGUAGAAUUUCACCCUCUCUUUUUUGUAAUAUCCCAGAGUACCUCAUCUGAGAAUAUGCUGCCUAAAUAUUGUUUACAUAGCAUUGAAUAACAUUAUAAAAUUCUUCUUAAAUAUCAUGAUCGCUAAUUAUGUAUUUAAUAUUUAGUUACUUAAAGGGGUUAUCAACCUUUUAAAAAAAAAAUUUAAAGCCUGAUCCCCCGUUUUGCCACGAUCGACAUUCCGGUCCUGCUUUAGGAGCAGGAGUGGUGCUCUGGUCUUGCUUUAAAGGAGAAAUGUGGCUGCAAAACUUUUAACUUUCCCUGUGCCCGGGCUGCAAAAACUAAAAACAAACAAACUUUAACUCACCUACCUACGUUCCCUUGUUCCUCAGGCACUGCUCGGGUCUCUGCUUAUCCUCGGAACUUCACACUGCAGUCAGCGUAUCGCUCAAGCUGGCUCCUUACAUGACAGUGCGCUCAGCCUAUCACCGGCCGAAGCAGGAUAUCGCUGCAGCUGGCCAUAUGAUGACCGCAGUGUGAGGUUCAGAGGAUAAGAAGCAGAUGCCGACGCAACGGGGGAACGUAGAAAGGUUAAAGUUUUUUAUUUUUGUUUUAGGGCACAGGGAAAGUUAAAAGUUUUACGUCACAUUUCUCCUUUAAGAGGUCCAUGACUGCCGCAGCCAACCAGUGGCCUUAUUGGUCACACUCCGUACUCAUAGCAUCAUCACAGUGAUAAGUGACAUGAUGCCAGGAGUAUGGAGCAUGACUGCCAAGGCCACUAAUUAGCUGUGGGGAUCAUGUGACUUUCACUCUUAAAGCAAGACCAGAGCACCACUCUGAGGCAGAAGGGAUCAGAGCAGGAAUGGGGGGGGGGGCAGUAGGCGUCAGUAGUGUCUUUGGGAGAACUCGGGAGGGGGGUAACAGUUUAUUUUAAUGAAUUUGAGGCCUCCCAAAAAAAAAAUUUUAAGUGGAUAACCCCUAUAAACAUUUACAUACCUACUUGUUGGGAGAGGUCACACAGAUAUAUUUAUUAUUGUUUUACAUCUGAGUUUGAAGGCCCUGAAUACAGAGAUAAUAUAUCUAUAUUUCUUGGAAUACCUUACUGAAGGUAAACCCAACACAUGAGGUGAAUGGGGCCUUAAUCUAAAACAUUUUAUUAUUAAAUUAAGUUAAAUUAAACAAUUUAAUGCUAGACCAUAAUUUUUGUGAAACAUAAUUUAUUUAUUGUCAUCUUAUUGUAAAUGUUAACUAUAUAUUUAAGAAGGUUUUCCUCAUGUAGACAAGCUUUUUAUAUAUGCUAUUAGGGCAGACAGACAUCAUAGAGGGCAGGGGCAACAUCAGCACUCAUCAAGGUUGGGAACAUUCUGUCUAGAGGGGUAGAGCCCACUGCUGCUCUCUGCUGUAACUGACCUGUGUGGUUUUUCUUAUACAGGAUAGCAGGUGAAUCUAAACAGUAUGCUGCAGUAUUAAAGGGG